UACCUUGCCUGGCAACCAUGAAAAAGGCAGACAGAUGUCAGCCUAUAAAAGGAAACGAGAACUGUCCCCUGGCCUUCAGGCUCCAACAUCUUCCUUUUGCCAAGAUGCUACAGCUCAAACUCUUUGCAGUGCUCAUGACUUGCCUGCUGUUGUUGAGCCAGGUCAAUGGCUCCCCAGUACCAGAACUGAGUUCAGCAAAGAGAUCCCGGAGAAUGACCCCAUUUUGGAGAGGGGUUUCCCUCAGGCCCAUUGGUGCUUCAUGUCGGGAUGAUUCGGAGUGUAUCACAAGACUAUGCAGAGCUGCAUUUCUAGUAUAAACACAGUGCAUGGUCAAGUAUGCAAUUCGAAUAAGUGAACAGAUGACUUCUCUUUGAGACAAAGCAACAAGAGCAUAUACAGAAAGGAGAUUCUAGAAAAGCUGCCCCUUGACUCCAUGGAGGGCUCUAACUAAUACUGCAGCACUUUCAGCAAGAGGACUGUGGAUCAGAGAAUGACAGGAGCUAAAAUCUUCCUGUUUGACUGCUAAGAAAAGAUUUUGUGGAAGACUGUUUCAAGGAUAAUACUUAAAAAAGCACACACAGCACAAUUCAUCAAGGACUGUCUGUCACCCAGCAAAAAUACACAACACUUACCAAAGUACUGUGAGUCUCUUGUCUGCAGCUGUAGCAUCUGGUGCCAAAUAAUUCUUUAGUUUCAUAGUAUAUCUAUGAGUUGAGAUAAAAAAUGAGCGACAAAUAGAACAGGCUAUUUCACCUUGAUCUUACAACUUCCUAUAUUCUCAAAAUAUCAGAAUCAAACUUAAAUAAAUCACCCACUAAAAUUCUUCCCUAAGGAAAAUGGAACACUAAACAUCUUCCCAGUUCACAAUAUUCAGUUAAUUAGAUAAUUAAAUAACAAUAAUAAAUGAUAAAGUUACUCCAUUGAAACUCCGAGAUCCCACUUACUUGAUGAGCUCUACCGUGUCUGAGUACAUCGGGAAUGGGGACUUGGAUUCCUGAGCGUUCUUCUCUAAUGCAUUCCCACACUCAAUGAAAGACACUACAGCAUCAAGGUAGUAUACUGCUUUCUCAAACCUAUCAGACUAAAGGAGAACGGUGCUGAGUAAAGACGCGAUGCAAGGAUAAAAAGCAGGAAGGACACAGCAGCCUAACAAAUCACAUCAGGAAGAACAUUUACGUACCAAAGCAUCUGCAUUAUGUUUGAGUUUUUUUGCUUCUUGUAAAUAAUGGUCUGCUGAGUAAUUUCUGCAAAAUAAAUUUUCUUUAUAAACAAA